UAAGGAGGAGCACGAUAAGCAGAUGAAAGCCGAAGCCGAUAACGCAGGGUUCGGAAGUGUCUUCUGUGGGCCUCAAGGACUUUGUCCGCGAUUGGAAAGCGAACAUCCCGCUCGAAUCUUCAUCGUUAGUAUCCUUAUGGUGUUAUGAUGUCCUAAAGUUAUUUCAUGUGUAUGACAGGGGCAAAGCGCGGCUCAAACGACCGGGAUGGGUUGCUAGAUGUCUAGUCGUUUCAUCCUAACUGUGGAGCGAGGCUCGAUUGAUCUUGCGUGGGUAUCGUACGACCUUGUGCGAGGAUAUUUCUGAUUGGAUCUUGUAGCAAUGCUCACGUUUCCAAAUGGAAUGAGGAGCUCCUUUACGUUGGAGGUUUUCUGGCGAGAAUGGCCUAUGAUUCUGAGAUGAACAAAGUAAGUGAUACGUGGUCGAGGAUGCGGAAGACGGAUGUAGAAGAACUGGCACUCUACACGAUGAAGUCCUUCGUGUUUCAUCCCACCACACCUGAUUUGAAGGUGUCCCAUAUUAUCAAGGAUGCAUUAUUUGCUUGUUCAGAAACAGACAAAUUCCUGUUUAUCUCGGAUCUAGGUAUUCGGCCCACGAAGGCCAUCUGUCACUUCCAUGAGGACUUUGCGCCCUUUAUGACCACUCCAGUGCUCCCGAUGGAUCUGCGUCCUUUAUUAACAUCCACGAUCCUUCCUAACCAUCUCAAGGUCGGGUUCUACACAUUAAAAGACGUCGUGAAAGAAUUGAAUUCCCGGUGGCUGACCGAGGCGGAGAUGGCUGCCUGGAUGCGUUGGUGGACAGCUUCGUUUGGAAUCCAGGGUAUCAUGAAGGAGCAGCACAAACAGUGGCAGAACGAACUGCUCAAAGUAGGCAAAACACACUCAGGGGGGAAGGAAGUCAGACUCAGCUCUAUCACAAAAUUUAUUGAUGGACAAAUGCUGCGUGUUCGCCGUCCCGAUGACCCUCUGCCAGAAGACACAAUACCCCCAGCCCUUAUUCAAGGCCUCAGUCCCCAUGCGAUUCCGGACACUUUUGGAUGGCAAGAGAUGUCAAUCGCACACUGACUUCGACAUCUCAGGGAUGGACCGCCAGAUCCAGCGCAUGAUAUCACGCGAGCGCCUGUUUUCGCGCAACAUGUCCUCAGCGUCGUCGGUGCCCUUUGGCACACACCAGAUGAAGAUAGUCGUUUAUCGAGAGUCGCGAUGUGUGCAUCGCAAUUCUCAAUACGUUCGAACAAGGACAGGACGGUGGCACAUGGUGCUUGUAACGUCAGUUCGGGGAAUGAGACAUUAGUACUGGCUGCAAAGCGUCGUACACGACUAUUAAGGACUGAUACGGUUGUUAAAGGUAUCAUAUUCUCAUGAUUGUAAGGGCGCUCGGCCGCGCCAGUCCGUGACUCCUUGAUAGAUGUGAAUUGUCGUCGGCAC